UUCCUCUUCCGGGUCCCUCGUGAGCGCCCUUCUGUGCCACUUUCUGUUGCUCCCCGCGUGGUGUCGGGGCCCUUGGUCCGGGGUAGGCACAUCCGUGUCAUUGCAGGUACUUUGGUUGAAAUCAUGACCAGGUGGGCACGAUCCAACACAGCACAUAAUAAGAAGGCUUUGAAGGCAACAUCAUGGGAAGACAUGAAGAAGGGCUCCACGGAGGGAGCAACCCAAAAUGUACAAAAAGAUAAACACUUUCAUUCCAGUGGUCUCUCCCUUAAGAAUGGUGCACCCCAAUCAAAAAACAAAAAGAAAACUUCUUACACCAACCAAGAUGUAAAUGGGUUCAUGGAAUAUCUAAGACAGAGUGGGAAGGUAACAGCAGCAAAUAGUCUGGAAAUAAGAGAAGAAAUUGCAACAGCUCUCAAAAAAGAUAGUCGCCGGGAAGGAAGGAGGUUGAAAAGACAAAAAAUAAAGAAAAAUGCACAGGUUUGUUAUCAUUGCAGAAAGCAAGGCCAUGGAAUUGCAGACUGCCCUGCUGUCCUUGAGAGUCAAGAUAUGGGCACUGGAAUCUGUUACCGAUGUGGGUCCACUGAACAUGAAAUAACCAAAUGCAAAGCCAAAGUAGACCCAGCUAUGGGAGAAUUUCCUUUUGCAAAAUGUUUCAUUUGUGGAGAGAUGGGACACCUAUCUAGAUCUUGUCCUGAUAAUCCUAAAGGACUUUAUGCUGAAGGUGGUGGUUGUAGACUUUGUGGUUCUGUGGAACAUUUUAAGAAAGAUUGCCCUGAAAAUCAGAAUUCAGAUAACAUGGUCACAGUUGGUCGUUGGACUGAGGGGAUGAGUGCAGACUAUGAAGAAAUUUUGAAGACUCCCAUACCACAAAAACCAAAAAAAAUAGCCAAGGUUGUUAAAUUUUGACAGCAGAUACACACCUUAUAGUGUUAUAGUUUGAGAACAGUCUGAAUGUGUUAAAAUUACUUUUCUGGAGUUUUGUGCACUGAAGAGGAGUAACACCAGCAUGAAACAGUCAAAAACAAGCAUUCGAUGCUUAAAUUGGAGUUCUGAGGCAAACCUAAUUCCUAACAAAACAGCACCUGCAAAGCAUGAAUGAUGCCAAUUGAUAAGAAUCAUGCUUUCUCAAAAAUAAUGAAAUAAUUUGAAGUCAAAAAAUAAGACCUUCUGCAUAUGGAGGUGAGCUUUUUACAUUUUUAUAAAAGUUACAUUUCUUUCUGUAAUUUAUUUGAGUACAAUGCUAUUUUAAGAGCUCAGAUUUUUUUAGUAUCUUAAAUUUUAUUCUGCUUUUGAAUAUUUAAUAAAAAUGACUUUGCCUAUCA